AUGGGGGCUGUCAACCAAACAGCUGUAUCAGAAUUCAUUCUUCUGGGGCUUAGUGAUGACCCAGCUCUGCAGCCUUUCAUCUUUAGCCUCUUCCUGUCCAUAUAUCUGAUUACCACCUUAGGAAACUUGCUCAUCAUACUGGCUGUUAACGCUGACUCCCAACUACAUACACCCAUGUAUUUUUUUCUCUCUAAUUUGUCCUUUAAUGACAUCUGUUUAAUCACGACCACAAUUCCAAAGAUGUUGGUGAAUAUCCAAGCUCAGGAUCAGACCAUCACAUACACAGGAUGCCUCUCUCAGGUCUACCUCAUCUUGAAUUUUGCUGGCAUAGAAAAUUGUCUCCUUGCAGUGAUGGCCUAUGACCGCUAUGUUGCUAUCUGUCACCCUCUGAAGUACACAGUUAUCAUGAAUCAAUAUUUCUCUAUGAUGUUGCUAUUCUUCUCCCUGUUCCUUAGCUCUUUGCAUGCUUUGUUUCACACUUUGAUGGUAUUGCUGCUCUCCUUCUGCACAGAAACUGAAAUACCUCACUUUUUCUGUGAGCUGGCUCAGAUCAUCAAACUUGCCUGUUCUGAAAAUUUUAUCAAUUAUCUGCUGGUAUAUACAGUGUCAGUUCUAUUUUUUGGUGUUCCUGUCUUUGGGAUCAUUUUGUCUUAUAUUCGCAUUGUAUCCUCAGUUUUAAGAAUGUCAUCAUUGGGAGGAAAGUAUAAAGCCUUUUCAACUUGUGGGUCUCACUUAUCAGUUGUGUCUCUGUUCUAUGGCACAGGUUUUGGGGUACACAUAAGCUCUGCAUUUACUGACUCUCCAAGAAAGACUGUAGUGGCUUCAGUGAUGUACACUGUGGUCACUCAGAUGCUGAACCCCUUUAUCUACAGCUUGAGAAACAAAGACAUGCAGAAAGCCUUCAGGAAAAUUGUUAAUAGGAUAGCAUCUCUUUUAUAA